UAUAUGUGAUAUAUGUAAAACCCCAAUUCAAUUUUCACAAAAUGAAAACUUAUCGGAACACGUAAAAAAGCAUUCAAAACUAGAACGAGAUCUAGGAUGCCAUAAAAAAGAAAGAAAGGGGUUGGAAAUAUUUGAAACAAAGUAAAGAUUUUUCUGCUACAUGUAAGCUUUGUACAAAUGAUACUGUUUAAAGUUGACGCUUUGAAAUGCAUGACUCAAAGAUUAUCACUAUGCGCCCCUGCAUUUUCCUACCUAGCAUUCGCCACGGUAGGGGGCGAUACAGUAGUAUGCCUUCUUCUUUCGUGACGAUUAGUCAGUGGUUUUCGAUACGAGUAAACUAAGUGGUUUUGAUACGAAACAAAAAGUGUAUCUCUAUACUCUAUCUCAAGGAUUGACGGAUUGACGAGUCCUCGAUUAAGAAAUCUAGUUCGAUUCAUGCGAGCACGACUCGUAUCUCGUAAAAGGGGCUUCAUUCAAAGACAAACGGAAGCCAUUUUCUUUUUCUUCACUCGUGCUGCUACACAGCAAGACUCUCUUCCUUCUCUAUUCUUAACUAACAGAUACAAAAAGAGAAUUUACUGUAGACAUUGAUGACAUGAAACGGCACAUCUAGAAAAAACAUGAAGAAAAGAGCCACUUAUAAACAAUCUUGGGAAUUUCAAAUUGAAAACAACUAUUGGUUGAUUAAAUGUUAUAGAAAGCAUGUGGAUUUUCUAACAGAAUGUAAAUUUUGCAACAAAGAACUUGAAUAUGUCGACUCUACAAACGUUCAGAAACAUAUGAAGGAUAAACAUAAACCAAUUUACAAAAUUGAAAAAAGUAAAAUGAAGGCAGGUAACAUAGCCUGGCAAUACUUAAGAUUUACGCAUGCACAAUUAAAAAUAAUACAAUGUAUGAUAUGUUGUGAAAUUAAACCAAAUAUACACGAAGCAGAAAGUCAUGUACAAAAUUAUUAUCUAGAACCACAAAAUAAAAAUUGGGCUUUUAAAUACGCAAGACAAAACGCAGAUAAUAUGACAUGUACGAUUUGUAAAGAAAAUGUAACAGUUAGGGCGAACAUUAAUCAAUUAAAGAAGCAUGCAGAUACACAUGAAAAAUAUAUGGAAAAAAUAGCCAAAGAACAUCUAUUAUGGGGUACAAUAAUAAGGACUGUACAAUGGAUCUGGUUGGAAAAAUGUUAUAUAAAUGCUGAAAAUUUUCGAGCACAAUGUAAAUUUUGCAAACACAACAUACCAUAUAUCACACAUACACAAUUUUUGGAACACAUGAAGAACAAGCAUAGUGCUCUUCACUCGCUUGAAGAAAAAAAAAAUACACUUAAUUUCUUCAAACACAAACCUCACUGGAAUCAUAUAAGGUACAUAAAUGAUUUAAUAUUAAAUAGAAAUGUUCUAGAAUGCAUCAUAUGUCUAAAAAAAACCAGACCAUCUCACACAAAUCAUUUUCCAUAUGAGCUGAAAUUCGUUUCUCAUUGGGCACUAAAAUACGCGAGACAAAAUGUAAAAGUUGCAAAUUGUACUUUAUGUAAAAAUGAAGUAAACUUUGAAUGGGCCCCGGAAAAUUUAGAAAACCACAUAACAUCUGAACAUCCAGAGGAACGGGAAAAAAUACGUCAAAUAGAUUUGGUACAAAGAACAGUACACGACUAAGCUACACCGUCGACGAGCUACGCAAGUUGAAAGAAAAACGAUCAUUUAUCUACAUUGGACAAUGGAAAUGAUGGUAGCGACGUUUUUAAGUAGCAUCUCAUGACCAGCAGUAACGGCAGUCUUGACUUUGACCUAAAUGAUUUGAAAUACAUGAAGAAAUUGGCGAAUAAUUUGACUUAUUUGUCGCAUAUCGGUUUUGAGCUUAUAA